CCGGGUUGUUUCGGACUGUUUCCGGUCUGUGUCAGCGGAGAGUUUCACUGGUUUCACUGGUUUCACUGGUUAGCUAACUCAAGUUUAUUAAAACGUAUUAAAACACAACAGUAUCCGGGAUGAACGCGCUGCUUCGGCGGGUCACAACCGGAACCGGAACCUGGCGAUGUUUCCACGGGACUCCCUCGAUGACCUUUGACCUGAGGAAGGUGGAGCUGACCCCUCUGGAGCAGCGUAAACUGACCUUCGACUCUCACGUGAUGGUGACGGAGCUCCAGACCAGCGGUUUUGAAAGGCGUCAGGCGGAGCUGAUCGUCUCUGCUCUCGUUACCUUGACAACGACCAACAUGGACGUUGUCUACAAGGACAUGGUGACCAAAGCCCAUCAGGAGAUAACGGUGCAGCAGAUUAUGGCUCAUCUGGACUCCAUCAGGAAGGACAUGGUGAUCCUGGAGAAGAGCGACUUUGCCAACCUGCGGUCCGAGAACACGAAAAUGAAGCGAGAGUUGGAGCAGAUUCACAACCGCCUGAAGGAGGAAAGUCAGAAGGUUCGAGCAGAAACCAAACUGGACAUAAACCUUGAGAGCAGCAGGAUGAGUGACGUGUUUAUUGAGCAGGAGAAGAAGCUGAUGGAGGCGGGCUCCGAGUUCCACCACAAGAAAGCCGACCUGGAGAACGACAACAUGGAGAUCAACAGGAACAUCGACCUGCAGGUGGCGUCGCUGAGGACAGAGCUGGAGUCCCUGAAGCUGCAGACCAUCCGCUACCUGGCAGCCACCGUGUUCUCCUGCCUCGCCAUCGCUCUCGGGGUUUAUCGCCUCUGGAGGUGAAGCAGCCGGGACUCGUCUUCCUCCGCCACACAAUCUAGUUCUGUUAAGUAAUCAGUGUACUUGUACCAAGUAGAAUAUAUGUGUACACAACAACAGUGUUGAGGUACUUGUAUUUAAAGUAUUACCAGCAUGUGAUGCUUGUACAUGAUACCUUUUGAUAUGUGGUAUUAGUACCUGAUUAUUAAACAUUAAGUAUGUGUAAAUGAUACUUUAAACUAUGGGCAGUAGUGAAUAAACCAGUUAAAAAUGUAAAAACAUUAUGUUUUGUGACGUCCAAAGUAAACAAAUAAAAGAUUU